AUGAGUAGAAGUAAUAGUCCAAAGAAUACAACUACAACUAAUAAAUUAUCAAAUAGUGGUAGUAAUAUUAAUAAUAAUAAUAACAAUGGUAGCAACAACAGCAGUAGCAGUAACAGAAAGAAAAGAAACGAAGCUAAUGGUAUAGAGAUUUUACAAACAUCACCUGAUAGUAACUCUAUUUCACUAUCAACAAGUAGUAACGGUACUAUUACUACAUCAUCAUCAAAUAGCAACAAUAAUACCACUACAAAUAACAAAGAAAAAGAUAAUAGUAAUAAUAAGGAUAAAGAUAAUAAAGAUAAUAGUGGAAAUAGUACAUCAUCAUCAUCAUCAAAUAAAAGAUCAUCGAGAUCAUCAAAAAGUAAUGGUAGUAGCGAUACUAUGAUGACUUCUACAACAACAACAUCCUCUUCUUCUGGAAAGAAUAGUAAAUCAUCGUCAUCUUCAUCAUCAUCAAAGAAAAAGUCAUCAUCAUCAUCAUCAUCAAAUAGAAGUAGAAGUCAUAGUAGAGGAAGAAGUAGAAGUAGAAGUAAGUCCGACACAAGCGGAAGUAGCAGACACGGAAGUGAUGGUAGCGACAGAAGUCAUAGCAGAGGAAGAAGUAAGAGUAAGAGUAGAUCAAGAAGUAGAACAGCAGCGGUCACCACAGCAAGAGUCGCAGUCGUAGUCGAAGUAGUCGUCGAUCGAGUAAGAGUAGAUCGAGCCGAUCCAACAGCUCCAGCAGCAGUAGCAGCAGAAGUAGAAGUAGAAGUCGCAGCAGAAGUCACAGUAGUCGCGCCAGUCGCUCUCACGGCAACUCGAGAAGUCACAGUCGAAGUCGUAGUCGAAGUCGAUCCAACAGCCGAAAGUCGAGAAGCAGAACCAGAAACAACAGUAGUAGCAGCAGCAGAAGUAGAAGUAGCAGUCGCAGCAGAAGUCACAGCAACAACAGCAGAAGUCGCGGAAGAAGCAAGAGUCGCGACCGAUCGGGAUCUUCAUCGUCGUCGUCGUCCAGUCGCUCGCACUCGCGAAGCAACAGCAACAGCAGCUCCAAACGAAAGCACUCUCGUUCGCGUUCCAGAAGUAAAGAAUCUAGCAGCAAAUCGUCACGUCGUCGCAAGGAAUCAUCUCGCUAUAGCAGUCGCAGCGACAACAACAACAAGUCGUCGUCAUCGAGACGAAGCGAGCGUAACGGAAGCAAGCGAAGCAAGCGUGAUAAAGAUCAUCGCGAUAGCAAUAGCAGUCGUGAUAGAAAGAGCAGUAACAGCAGCAACAAUAGCAGCUCAUCGAGAUAUAAGGACCGAUCCGACCGAUACAGCAGCAACAGCAGCCGAAAGUCAGGCGAUAGCCGAGACAACGAUCGUUACUAUCGUUCGUCAAAGCGAUACUCGUCUACCAGUCGAUCGAGAAGCAGGAGCAGCAACAACAGCUAUUCAUCUUCAUCACGUGAUAAAAAAGACUACAACAGCAGCAACAAUAACAACCACAGUAGCAGUAAGAAACAGAAGUCAAGAAAAAUCAGAUAACGAACUCGGUCAAUCAGCGCUGAAAAAGAAGACAUCUGGUUGGGAUAAUUUGCCAGACAAACAAUCGAUCGAAUCACUUACACCUCAACAAAUACAACAACUACAACAGGCAGCACUCAAUCCAAAUUUGGGUGCAGGAUUAAUUCCACUUUCCACUUUGCAAUACACAACUAAGUCACCUACCUCAACAACAUCCAAUUCACCUGUGAAUAAUUUAAUUCAACAACAACAACAACAACAACAUCAACUAAAUCAAUCUGGAUCAUCGUUGCUCAAUAACCAUCAUCAUCAUCAUCAUCACCAUAUUCCAACAGCAACAGCCAGUACAACAACUCAACUUCUGAAUCUAUCAGGAGGUAUUCCACCACCACAACAACAAUCAUCACCGUCAAACAACAACCCACAAUCUUUAGUUUCAACACAGCCAUCAACGUCGUCGUCGUUAUCAUCGUCGACGUCGCAUCUCGUUCAACCACCAUCCACUAUUCUACCGUCAACAACGCCAACAACACACCCGAAACAACAACAAACUCCAGAACAAGCUCAGUCUAGAAUCUAUAUUGGUAAUAUACAUUUCAACUUGACCGAGACCGACCUCACCUCCAUAUUCUCGCCGUUUGGUCCCAUCAAAUCACUGUCGCUCUCCAAGGACCCUGCCACAGGAAAAUCAAAGGGUUACUGCUUCAUCGAGUACUCCUACCCCGAGGCUGCCAACAAUGCCAUCUCACACAUGAAUCACCAAUCGCUAGCCGGUAGACAGAUCAAAGUUGGCAGACCCUAUAUCCCUGUGGCCGGAAGCGCUGGAGUCGGAGUUGGAGUCGGCGGCGUCGCACCCACUGCCAACGCUAACACAAUAGCAAUUAACGCCAGUACCACCGGUGGUAUGGCCGUCAACAAUCAACCAACACCCCUACCAGCUACAACAACAGCACUUCUGACGACACCAUCACCCUCACCCUCACAAACACCAACCCCAUUCACAAGCAUAUCAUCAACGACGCUAUCCUCAUCCAACUCGAAUGUCCCACUGAUCACUAUUCCAGCAGUUACCUCGCAGCAACUACAACAACCAACAUCGAUACUACCGAAACAAGAUCCAAUGGCAUCGGAAAAUCGUAUCUAUGUAGGAUCGAUCCCAUGGAACGUAAACGAAGAUCAAAUCAAAGUGAUCUUUAGUUCCAUUGGUAAUGUUGUUUCUUGUUCAUUAAUGCCAAAUUUAGAAUCAGGAAGACAUAAAGGUUUUGGAUUUAUUGACUAUGAUAAUUCAAAAUCAGCAGAGGAUGCAAUAGCAACUUUAAAUGGAUAUGACAUUGGAGGUCGACAACUAAAAGUUGGCAGACCAAUUAAAAAUGCAUCAAUUAGCAGUAGUAAUGAAUCAAAACAAACUACUCCUUUAAGUACACCAAUGGUUCCAACUUUAUCAUCAUCGGUAGGAACUGAUUCAAUAGAAGAUGAUGUAACUCUAAGUACCGAGCAAAGAAUAUUGCUCACCCAGAAAUUACUUCGACAAGAUAUAUCUCGUACCAGUAAUCGUUGUUUGGUACUUAGAAAUCUAGGUUCACCCAAAGAGAUUGAUGAUUUUUUUGAAGAGGAGAUUAAAGCUGAAUGUAUGAGCUUUGGACAAGUUGAGAAAUUUGUGCUUACUCACGAUGCUUCGGUGAAGGCCUUCAUACUGUUUAAAGAGCCUGCCGCAUGUGCCACCUGCUUCAACAAGCAGAAUGGAAGAUACUUUAGUGGCUACAUUGUAAAGGCAGAGUACUACGAUAUCUCUCUUUUCAACAAAGGUAAUAAUGGUAUGGAUUCCAAAGAAUGUUUAGAAAAAUAG